CAAGGAGCAUGGGCAGCAGGGUCACCCUAGCACCAUGCUUCAUAAAGGGCGCCGUUACAAUAGGUUUACUGUUACUCUGACGACUGCCGGGAUACAAUGGGACUGAAUGUACUGGCCUGAUGCUCCUCCGUUCCUCUCCAUUUUUCACUUGAUGACAAGGAAGACAGACUGUGGCGAGACAGCAUGAUAUCAGAGGACGCCCCUGAAGUAACUUCACGGACUAAUGGGGCUUCUACUGCUGAGCCUGAUUCUUCGGUACUGGAUCAACACCGUGGAGGGCUCGUGCUCCGCUGGCAGCGCUGUGACCUGCGAUGAUUGCCUGCAGCUCAGUUCUCACUGUGCCUGGUGCACACAGGAGAAUUUCACAGACUGGUUUUCGGUCAACGAAAGAUGUGACACACUGGAUAUCUUACUCGAAAUGGGAUGUGCUCGGGACCAGCUGGAGUUCCCUGUUUCCAAAGGCCAAAUCCUGCAGGAUCGACCACUCGGGAAGAAGACAGGCAACGUCAACAGCACACAGAUCUCCCCACAGAAAAUGGCCCUCGCGCUGCGACCGGGCAGUCCGGUGACUUUCCAGGUCAAAAUUCAACACACGGAGGACUAUCCCGUGGACAUCUACUACCUGAUGGACCUGUCGGCAUCCAUGAUCGAUGAUCUGGCGAUGAUCAAAGACUUGGGGUCCUCUUUAUCUCAAGAGAUGGCCAAGCUCACCAGUAAAUUUCGAAUGGGCUUUGGCUCCUUUGUGGAGAAGCCAGUCCUGCCUUUCAUCAGAAUCACAGAGGAAGAGCUGGCCAACCCCUGCAGCAGCGUAGCCUCAACCUGCCUGCCCACGUUUGGCUACAAACACGUCUUGUCUCUGACGAGCAGCACCGACAAGUUCAACGAGAUAAUCGCGAAGCAGCGGGUCUCUGCAAAUAUUGACCUGCCAGAGUGCGGCUUUGACGCCGUCAUGCAGGCAGCUGUUUGUGGGGACAAGAUCGGCUGGAGGAAGGAUUCCAUGCGUUUGCUGGUGUUUGUGAGUGAUGCUGACUCGCACUUUGGGAUGGACAGUAAGAUGGCCGGCAUUGUGAUUCCUAACGAUGGACAGUGUCACCUGGACGGCAACAACGAAUACUCCAUGUCCACCGUGCAGGAGUAUCCAACUCUUGGUCAGCUGAUUGAUAAGGUGGUGGAGAACAACAUCUUGCUGAUAUUUGCUGUGACCGAAGGACAAAAACACAACUAUAAGAACUAUGCACAUUUCAUACCCGGUGCCACCGUUGGAAUCCUGGCGGCAGAUUCGCGGAACAUCCUGGAACUGAUUGUAACGGCAUACAAAGAGCUGCGUUCAGAGAUCGAACUUGAGGUCCUUGGAGACACAGAGGAGCUUCAGAUGUCUUUUACAACCAUUUGCCCAAAUGGGGUUGUCCUCCCUGAUCAAAAACGCUGCUCCAACAUCAAACCUGGAGAGACGGUCGUGUUCAACGUGUCCGUGGAGCUCCCAGGGUGCGUGUCGGGACCUCGGCACUUCUCCCUGAAACCGGUGGGUUUACAGGACAGUCUGGAGGUGGAACUGGAGUCUCUUUGCUCGUGUGACUGCCGGCAGGCUCCCGAAGCAAACAGCAGCCAGUGCGUCGAGGGCCAAGGGGCUUUCCAGUGCGGCGUGUGUGUGUGCCAGCCGGGCUUCCUGGGAGCGGAGUGCGAGUGCAAUGAGGAAAGCGCUUUGUUGAGCAACUGCCUCGCCAACAAUGAGUCGGAGAUAUGCAGCGGCCAGGGUCAGUGCUACUGCGGACAGUGUGCGUGUCACCCAUCCAGCUUCGGACGCAUCUACGGACCUUACUGCGAGUGUGACGAUUACUCCUGUGUUCGCUCCCACGGGAAGCUCUGCGGAGGCCAUGGGGCGUGUGACUGUGGGGAGUGUCACUGCGAAAGCGGCUGGACGGGAGAGUAUUGUAACUGCAGCACCAGCGCCGAGGCCUGCGUGUCGGAGGAUGGCGCUCUCUGCAGCGGGCGGGGGAGAUGCGAGUGCGGCCACUGCGUCUGCUCCGUACCUGGAGCGUCUGGGGACAGGUGUGAGAAGUGCCCGACGUGCGGAGACGCCUGCAGCUCUGCAAGGACCUGUGUAGCAUGCCAUCUGCAGGAUAAGGAGGAUGCCGAGUUGUGUGAUCAAAUGUGCAGCGUCAAAAUUUCCAUCAACACAACAGCAGAUUAUGACAAGAGCCCUUCUAUGCAAUGCAAGUUAAUGAUGGAGAAUGAGUGCUGGAUCUCGUUCGGUGUGGUAGGAGGUGAGACGGGGACCAUUGCAUACGAUCUCCGGAUGUACGGUUGCCCCGAGCCUCCCAACAUCCCCAUGAUUAUCCUGGGCGUCUCCCUUUCCAUCGUGUGCAUCGGCCUGAUCCUGCUGGCUGUGUGGAAGAUGUUGGUGUCGGUCCACGACCGCAAAGAAGUGGCCAAGUUUGAGGCUGAGAGGUCAAAGGCAAAAUGGCAGAUGGGGACCAACCCUCUGUUCAAAAGCUCGACGUCGACAUUUAAAAAUGUAACUUAUAAGAACACUGAGAGAGAAAAGAUCAUUACACUGGAUCACUUCUGAUGAACUACUGGAGGCAAACCAACAUCUGAAAGCACUUAAGUGUGUGUGUGUGUGUGUGUGUGUGUGUGUGUGUGUGUGUGUGAGACAGAAAAAUGUACUCUUUUUUGGACGAAUCUCUGCGUUGAUUCAGAGAUGUUGUGAAACAGUAGACAACACUGUGACCAGACGAACACUACAAGAGGAAUUCGCUGCUGUACAGGUCCACUGUCCCUGUCCUCUUAAACACUGCACUUCCCUGAUGCAUGAGCCGACAGACUUCAAUGUUUGUGUACUGUAACAUGCAGCUUGGAAAGGAGGAGUCUACACUACGAGUGGUCUACUACUGAAAAUAAUCUUUGUUUAUUCUAAUGAAUGUAAAUAUACACGCGGAUAAUUAUGAUUUUCUUGUUUUGUUUCAUAUUGUGUUUGUUUUUUUAUCAGGAAUUGAGGCUGAGCCUUUGAUGUUGGUCAUUUAGUUUUUUAGUGGCAUGGCACAUACAUAAAGUUAAAUACUGAUUUAUUGUGAAAUUAUACUUUCUAACAUGCAGACUGAUAUUGAUUAGAUGUUGCACCAAGAAACACAAUGUAAAGUGUAUUUUGUU